GCGUCUUUUUAUUCGGCCCUCCAAAAAAGAAAAAGAAAAAAAAAACCCUAUCUUUCUUUCCACCUUCCGUCUCCGCCACCGCCACCACACGGAAUUACAUUCUUCUUCGUAGCUCUCACGCUCUCCCUUCUCUAUUUAUAUAUACCCCAAUGUUCCUCGCCCUCCCUUGAUUUCCCCUCCCAUCUUUCCCCGUUCCUCCAAUUUCGAUUCUUUUAGCGCAGGGAGGGAGUUUUUUUCUCUGUGGCUUUGUUGGGACAGUUCGUCGAGGGGCUGAAAUGGCGCUUGCGUACGAUCCUCUCUUCAUCAGCUCGGAGAAGCCGGCCAUGGAGGUGACCCCGUCGCCUGCUGUGAUACUUACCCAGGACGAGCUCAAGCGUAUCGCCGCUUACAAAGCCGUCGAGUUCGUGGAAUCGGGAAUGGUCAUUGGCCUUGGAACCGGCUCCACCGCCAAACACGCCGUCGAUCGAAUCGGAGAGCUUCUCAGACAAGGCAAACUCGAGAACAUUGUCGGAAUACCCACUUCGAAGAAGACCCAGGAGCAGGCCCUCUCCCUUGGGAUCCCUCUUUCUGAUAUCGACGCCCACCCCGUCAUCGAUCUCUCCAUCGACGGCGCCGACGAGGUCGACCCGGAUCUCAAUCUCGUGAAGGGCAGAGGAGGGUCUCUCCUGCGAGAGAAGAUGAUCGAGGGAGCUUCGAAGAAGUUCGUGGUGAUAGUGGACGAGUCCAAGCUCGUGAAACACAUCGGAGGAAGCAAACUGGCGCUGCCGGUGGAGAUAGUCCCGUUCUGCUGGAAAUUCACGGAGGAGAAGCUCCGGAAACUGUUCGAAUCCUGCGGCUGUGUCGCAAAGCUCCGUCGCGGCGGCGGAGGCGAGACGGGGAAUCCUUUCGUGACGGAUAACGGGAAUUACAUAGUGGAUUUGUACAUGGAGAAGGACAUGGGAGACCUGGGAGGUGCGAGCGAUGCGAUCCUGAGGCUUCCUGGGGUUGUGGAGCAUGGCAUGUUUCUGGAUAUGGCUUCCACGGUGAUAGUUGCGGGUGAGCUCGGGGUGACAGUCAAGAACAAGGAGAAGAAAAGGGGUAAUCGUUAACAGAUUCUGCGCUUAGGGGAACCGAUUUGCUUGAUAUUACUUAGGAGAGAAGUAGGGUUUCUGCUGGUAGGAAAGUCAUGGUACUUGAAGAGAGGAGAUUUUGGAUUUCAUUACAGAACGAAGUUGGAUUUUAUGAAGCAAGACACAUUUGUCAUUGUCUUUUAUAUAAAAGUCAAUUUUACAACAUGGGUUUUGCAUGUGUUUUUUUGGGUGAUUUGGUGUGUUUUAGACAAAAGAGGCCAAAAGUUUUCUACUAUUAGCAUGUUUUAACCAACCGGUGAUUGAAUCUUGGAUGCUUCUGA